UCGGCAGUGUCGAAACGGGCCAAUUGCAACGCACAACACCCUCUUCCCUGUGCCCGGUCCUCGUACCUGAGGUGUAUCACUCAUCUGCACGACCUUGUGCCGCCUUGCACAUAUGACAAAGGCCCGACGAGGCGCGACUCGUGAGCACUUAUUAUUUCCUCGUCCUUCUCCUUUUCCGUCCGGCUUCCAGUGCUGCGGCCAGCCCUGUACACGAAUAUUGUUUUCCAGCAGCUGCCGUGCUCGACUCCCUGAGCUCUUCGCCCAAACAGCUCACGAUUGACGUGCACCUUCACGCGCACGCAGUCUGCUUACGGCCUGGUCUGAUCGGGCAUAGUCCGAACAACGACUAUGGAACUUAGCGAGGAGUCUAUUCACGAUGUCAUUCAUCCAACCGCUGCAUUCGGUACGCAACAGCCGUCGCGUGCCCAGAGACAGAAUGUCGAGGAAGAUCCGCCGAGCUGGGAGAGUUCCUUGCUUAACCCCAAGAACCGCAUCGACAGUUUGGAGAUUCCAGACAGCCCGCUCUGGACUAUCGAUGGAUGCACUGCCUAUGGCGCCCAGUUGUACGCCACACCUCUAUUCUUCAAGUCGAUGCCGCCCUUGCGAAUGGAUGUUUACAUCCCUGAGCCCACGAAAUUACCAUUAGCAGUUCGCGAGGUUCUCGACGUCGACGUCGUCUUCCACACAAGAGACAAGCAUCGAAUCUCUUGGCUUGGUUUAACGAGACACAUUGUGAGGAUUUUGCAUUUCUGGGCCAAGCAGAUGGAAGACCCCAGAGAGAUCUACCACAACAUGCCGUUCGGUUCCCGAAUCCUGUUGCGCAACCUGCCUAUGAACAUAGCAGACGCUGUUGUUAUGACAGUUCCUGCUCACCAUCUGGAAGCUCAGCUACACACGUUGCCCUCUCUGCAGCAAUGCUGGGCCGCAGAGAUCAAGGACUACCCGCCCACGUUGGAUCUGGGUGAGCUAACAUACAUCUCCCAGAUUCAUGACAGCGUCUCCCUCGUCAUGAUCAACAACAAACCGUGGAUCUUCAAAGCUCUCACAAGCGAUUCGAAAUACUUGUACCACGAACUGCGGAAGCUGCUCACGAUACCGCCUCACCCGAAUGUGAUGUCGCGUCCAGCGCAUCUCAUUACCAAGAAGUGCAGCUUCGGAGAGAAAGCAGUUGUGCUAGGCUUUACCCUCGAGUACCACGUACAUGGCAGUCUGCGUGACUUGAUCCCGUUUCUCCGUUUGCACGGACGUGUGUCCCUCCAGCAACAGACAAAAUGGUCAGUGCAGCUUGCUUCUGCAUUGGUCCAUCUGCGAACAAUACCUGGCAUGUUCUAUCCGGACCUGAGGCUGGACAACAUUGUACUUUCCGCGUCGGACGAUAUUGUCAUGGUGGAUUUUGAACAAAGAGGUGUAUGGUGCGAGUUCGCAGCUCCCGAGAUCAACGCAAUUGAGUACGUUCGAAUGAUCGCGGUGGACAAGGAGAUAUCGCCUGCGAUCUCUGACAAGUAUUCGAAAAUACUUGAAGCAAUGGUGCCUGGCUGGGAGUUUAUGACGGAAGGAGAGGAUUACAUCUGGCCCAACACUGGCUACAACAUUGCGUGGACUGCUCUCACACCUACGGAGCAGGAGGCCUGCGAAGUUUACAUGCUAGGGCGCGUUCUAUGGUGUAUCUUCGAGGGCAAGAGUGCUCCCCAGCGGGGUGCUGUCUGGCUUUCCUAUCGAUUUGAGCCAGUAGUCGAGUUUCCUGGAUUUACAAGUACACCUGGGCCGAUUCGCGACCUUAUUAGGCGAUGCACCAGCGGGGCUCAGCCCGGUUUGAGCAGUCUCAUCGUUCGGGAAGGCAACCAGCUUGUACUACGGCGCCUUGAGCACACCGGCCUCUCGACCCCUGAGCAAGUGCAAGAAACUGCCAAGCAAUUCUGGUCUCAAGAAGUCGAGGCGUCUGGACAUUGGCUCGCUGCGCGGGCAGAGGGCAUCGCCAAAGGCGACUGGAAUGAAAACUACUACAAUCGUCCGAUGUUGAAGGCUGUGCUUGCGGAAUUGGAGACAUACGCCAGAACAUUGGCAGAUGGCGCGUCUUGACAUGACUAAUGUCACCUCUGUCAAUUUUGGAUUGUUUACGAUGCUGAAAGGCUGUUUCUUGUUGCUUCCGGAAACUAUUGAAUCCGCGCUGCUAUGUUGGCUCGUCUCCGCGUGAAGCUUGCUCAACCCACUCGUGGCUUCU